GCCUAUAAAACACAUUUCAUUUUACUUUAAACUUAAAUUCAACUAGAAUUGCUGAAGGAACCUGAAAGCACAAUUUACACAUUUAGUUAAUAUGACUUCGUGAAUCUACAGUUCAGCUUUCUGUGGUUAUAUUCGGCUUCCUUCCGUAUGUCAAUGUCAAUGAAACGGCGGUAAUCGGUAAUUUGACACAAAACAAGUUGUAAACAAAAUGAGUUUUAAAAAACCGUGUUAUAUUUGGGAUCCCCUUCUAAUAUCACAAAGUGAUCGUCUACCAGCCGUUCCUUUUAGGGCUUCUAUGGUAAAUGAUCUUUUAACAGCGUAUGAGCUAAACAAUAAUUUACAAGUUAUUCGCUCAACUCCUGCAAGUUACGAUGACUUGAAGAAGUUUCACUCGGAAUUAUAUUUGGAUCACUUAAAAAGUUUUCAUGAAUUAGAAGAAGACUAUAUGACAAAUGACCAGGAUGAAGAGUAUGGAAUAGGAUAUGAUUGCCCACCAAUAUCUAACAUGUAUGAACUAGUGACAGUAGUGGCAGGGGGGUCUAUAACUGCAGCAAAAUGUCUAUUGCUUGGCAUUACUAACGUUGCUAUAAAUUGGUGUGGUGGCUGGCAUCAUGCACAGAGAUUUGGAGCAGAAGGAUUCUGUUACGUUAAUGAUAUUGUACUAGCUAUAGAAAAGUUAAGGCUAAAGUUCAAGAAGAUAUUAUACAUAGAUUUGGAUGUUCAUCAUGGGAAUGGUGUACAAGAUGCUUAUAAAUUAAGUAAAUCAGUGUUCACAUUAUCUUUUCAUAAAUAUGAACCUGGUUUCUAUCCCGGAUCAGGCAAUAUAGAUGAUGUUGGCAGUUUGACUGGCAAAGGUUAUUCAUGCAAUUUUCCACUUCAUGCAUUUUAUACGGAUAAAACUCUAGUAAAUGCGUUUGCAAAUGUUUUCCCAUUAGUGAAUUUGAAAUUUGAACCAGACGCUAUAGUAAUGCAAUGUGGUGCAGAUGGAUUAGUCAUUGAUCCCCACGGUGGAGCAUGUCUCACUGACCAGGGUUACAUAACAUGUCUCCACAAAGUAUUGGCUACAGAAAAACCAAUUCUAUUACUAGGUGGUGGGGGCUAUAAUCAUCCCAAUGCAGCCAGAUUGUGGACAAAACUUACAGCUGUAGCUGCUGGAGUUGAUUUGGAUGAUAAUAUUCCUGAACAUGACCAUUGGCCUAAAUAUGGACCUGAUUAUAUUCUGUCUAUACAGCCUAGUCUUACAAAAGAUCUGAAUACUGAACAAUAUAUCAAUGAAUGUAUUUCACAAAUAAAAUGUAAUUUAGAAUUGUUAGAUACAAAGACUGCUAUAUAUUUGCCACUCAAGAGGAAACAGGAUCAGGAAGAAGAUAUUAAAAUUGACAGUGAAUUUAAGAUUGUUGAAAAGCAAGACUCGGGAGAAGGUAAUUUAAAGAAAGAAACAAGACUAAAACCUGUAAAAGCUCAAUUAGUACCCGAAAAAGACAAUAAAGCUGAUGUUUAUGAUUUUCAAGAUUAAUAUAUGAAAAUGUUAAAGGUAAAAGAUGUAGAUACGGUUAACGCAUUACAUGCCACCAAUUUGCCUAGAAAGUCCUGAAAAUUUCGGUAAAAUGUAUGCGACACACAAGAACACAUCGUAAAAUUAAUAGUGGCACAGAACAUGUUAAAUAUAU